AUGAUAUCGUCAACUGAAGAUAACUCCAGGGGAUCUGAAUAUUAUCAUUUCGAUGAGAGUAACUUGACAAACCAACCAUGCGACCUUCCAGAUCCAGAAACCCUUGAGCUCCCACGUUUUGGUAACACGCUGUGCGGACCAGAAGACUUUGAUGAUUGGCUGAAAGAGCUAACGACGAACCUGAAAGAGUUGGAUCUUCUCGGACUUAUCGAUCCAACUACCCCUCCGCCUCGUUUAAACAGCGAAGCUGGAAGACGAUGGUUCUUGCUGUCGACAAAAAUGACCAAGUGGCUAUUACACACUACAAUAGCCUCUGAGCUUCUCAACCGCUUGAACAUCAUGGAAAACAAUAUCGUUUUGCUUGACAGGCUCUUGGCGAGGGUAAAAAACGUCUUACAGAUACACGGUUCUGCCUUGGAUGCACUCAGACUCAAGAAAUUUCACGAAAAUACCGAUCAAGUGGCUUUUGGUGACACAAAACGGUAUGUUGAAUCUUAUUGGCAUGAGUUCAACAUUCUCAGGGAUAACAACAUGAUGCCAUCGCCAUACACCAGCCUACUCGACAUCUUGCAGGGGGUUCAGAAGUUAGAUUGGUUCGUCAGUGCAAGCAUGUACACCAUGUUAGACCUGGACCUCCAGGUGUUCCAGAAGACCAACCCUACGGGAACAUUUGCAGAACUGGUGGACUAUGACAUGUUUCAAAAAUAUGUCGUUAUGAUUCUCGAGCUACUCGUUGAGAAGGAUGCCCAUAUCUUCAGAGGGGAGAAGUGA